UAAGCACCUUCCUAGAUAUCAUAUAGCUAUCGAAUUUUGUAUAAUUUAAUUAAUAGCUUUUAAAGAAUAUCUCUAUGUGGAGAGAGUGUUGGACACAACCACUCGUGCUAUUAAAUUGUGUCCGUAAACAGGGAAAACUCGUAAUAGGUAGAAAAGCUCAAGGCAAAAGUGAAAGAUAUAGAAAAGGAAGCAACAGAAAGCUAUACGAGGUUGACCAAAAUAAAUGUAAUUAAUUAAACAAAUAAGAAAAAGGAAAUAAUGGAAAGUGAAGAAAUACUAUGUCUUCUCGUAUCGAGUCCAUUGCGUCUCUCUCUUAACCUCGCGACCUGGAAGGAAGAUGGAUUCUUUUGCCAAUAGAGUAGAAGGUGAUGACAAAGAAGCUGUUAAUUGGGCAGCAAUUGAGAGGCUUCCAACAUACGAACGACUAAAAAAAGGAAUACUAGACACUUGUACAGUUGAUGUACACCAUCUUAGUAUUCAACAAAAACAGAGUUUGGUUGAGAAACUGGUCAAGGUGCCUGACCAACAUAAUCAAACUUUCUUGGCCAAACUCAAGAAUCGCAUUCACAGUGUUGGAAUUGAGCUACCUACUGUUGAAGUUCGUUUUGAACAUCUCAUUGUUGAGACAGAAAUUUAUGUGGGAGAAAGAGCUCUACCUUCAUUCAUUAACUUCACAACGAAUGUCAUUGAGGGAUUCUUAAAUUAUCUACAUAUAAUUCCAAGCAAUAAGAAAAAAAUUGCUAUACUAAAUGGGCUUAGUGGAAUUAUAAAACCAUGCAGAAUGACAUUGUUAUUGGGUCCUCCAAGUUCGGGAAAGACUACACUUUUACUGGCUUUGGCUGGACAACUUGACCCACGAUUGAAAUUUUGUGGAAAGGUGACUUAUAAUGGGCAUGACUUGGAUGAGUUUAUUCCAGAAAGAACAGCAGCGUAUGUAAGUGAGCAUGAUUCUCAUAUUAAAGAAAUGACUGUGAGGGAAACCUUAGAUUUCUCUGCUAGGUGCCAAGGAGUUACAAGGCGUUAUGAGUUGCUAGCAGAGUUGUGUAGACGAGAGAAAGAAGCCAAUAUCAAGCCUGAUCCUGAUAUUGAUGUCUUCAUGAAGGCAGCAGCAACAGAAGGCCAAAAGACGAGUGUUGUGACUAAUUAUGUUCUCAAGAUUUUGGGAUUAGAUGUGUGUGCUAAUACCAUAAUAGGGGAUGACUUAAUAAGAGGUAUCUCUGGAGGACAAAGAAAACGAGUUACGACAGGUGAGAUGCUUGUUGGACCAACAGGGGUGUUGUUCAUGGAUGAAAUAUCCACCGGUUUAGAUAGCUCAACAACAUAUCAAAUCAUCAAUUCUAUGAGGCAAAUUGUUUACACCUUGAAUGAUACUGCUGUCAUCUCUUUACUCCAGCCGGCACCAGAGACUUACAACCUUUUUGAUGAUAUCAUUCUUUUAUCUGGGGGUCAGAUUGUUUACCAAGGUCCUCGCGAACAUGUGCUUGAGUUUUUCGAAACUGUUGGGUUUAAAUGUCCUGAGAGGAAAGCUAUUGCUGACUUUCUGCAAGAGGUAACAUCGAGAAAAGAUCAAGAGCAGUAUUGGGCAAGAGAAGAAGAAUCUUAUAGAUUCAUCACUGUCAAUGACUUUGUGGAAGCAUUCCAAUCCUUUCAUGUAGGACAAAGAAUAAAAGAUGAGCUUUCUACUCCAUUUGACAAGACCAAGAACCAUCCAGCUGCUUUAGCAACUCGAAAAUAUGGUGUUGAAAGCAGAAAAGAGAUGUUGAAAGCUGUCUUCAGCAGAGAGUGGUUGCUUAUGAAAAGAAACUACUUCUUUUACAUUUUCAGACUCAUCAAGAUUUUGAUCGUGGCACUCAUAGUCUCAACUGUUUUCUUGAGAACUGAAAUGCAUCAUGGCACAAUAGAAGAUGGAAUAAUCUACUCUGGUGCUCUAUUCUUUAUUGUGGUCAUGUUUGUGUUCAAUGGGAUGUCAGAGAUUCCUAUGACAAUCCAGAAAUUGCCAGUGUUUUACAAGCAAAGAGACCUCAAUUUUUACCCUGCAUGGGCCUAUGCUCUUUUCACGUGGAUUAUUAAGAUCCCUAUUGCAUGCUUAGAAGUCUUGAUUUGGGUUUCCAUUACAUACUACCUAAUUGGACUUACUCCUAGUGUUGCAAGUUUUUUCAAGCAAGGCCUUUUGCUCAUUUUCGUAAACCAAAUGGGCUCUGCAUUAUUCCAAGCUAUUGCAGCUACUUCUAGGAAUCUAAUUGUAGCGGACACUUUUGGCUCAUUUGUAUUGCUCAUGCUUUUCGGGCUAGGAGGGUUUCUGUUAUCAAAGAAUGAUAUUAAGAAAUGGUGGAUUUGGGGUUAUUGGAGUUCACCCCUAAUGUACUAUCAGAAUGCAAUACAGGUCAAUGAGUUCCUUUCAGACCAAUGGAAUCAUCCUGGACCAAAUGGAACAAGACAUCUAGGAAUUGAAGUGUUAGAAUCUCAAGGAUUCUUUACAAAAUCAUAUUGGUAUUGGAUUGGGCUUGGAGCGGUGGUUGGUUACAAUAUCAUUUUCAAUAUUCUUUAUGCACUUUCUCUUACUUUCCUCAACCAGUUUGGGAAAUCUCAUGCGAUUUUUCUACUGGAAGAUUCAGAGAGCAAUAAUCAAAAUGCAGAAAGUGGUACUGAAGAGAGGAACCAAAAUAGAAAUAGAGGAAUGGUUCUUCCAUUUGAUCCACAUUGGAUCACUUUCAAAGAUAUUGUUUACUCCGUUGACAUGCCACAAGAAAUGAAGAAGCAAGGAAUUGAAGAUAAUGAUAAGUUGAUUCUUCUAAAGAAAUUAAGUGGGGCUUUCAGGCCUGGUGUUUUGACAGCGCUGAUGGGAGUAAGUGGUGCUGGAAAAACUACUCUGAUGGAUGUCUUAGCUGGUAGAAAGACCAAGGGGUAUAUUGAAGGAGACAUCAAAAUUUCUGGAUAUCCUAAGAAGCAAGAAACAUUUUCUAGAAUUUUAGGAUACUGCGAGCAAAAUGACAUCCACUCUCCACAUGUUACUAUCUACGAGUCCUUGAUUUACUCAGCGUGGCUUCGUUUACCAAAAGAAGUUGAUACCAAGACUAGAGAGAUGUUCAUUGAGGAAGUGAUGGAGCUAACAGAGCUAAAUGUGAUAAGGCAUGCACUUGUGGGACUGCCUGGUGUUAAUGGUCUAUCAACUGAACAACGCAAAAGAUUGACAAUAGCAGUUGAGUUAGUAGUAAACCCUUCUAUAAUAUUUAUGGAUGAGCCAACUUCAGGGCUUGAUGCAAGAUCAGCUGCAAUUGUCAUGAGAGCUGUUAGGAAUGCUGUGAAUACAGGCAGAACUAUUGUGUGCACCAUCCAUCAACCAAGCCUCGACAUCUUUGAAGCUUUUGAUGAGCUUUUGCUGAUGAAGUGUGGAGGUGAAGAGAUAUAUGCUGGGCCAUUAGGCCACCAUUGCUCCACUCUAAUCCAAUACUUCGAGUCUAUUGAAGGUGUGAAUAAGAUUAAGGAUGGUUAUAAUCCAGCAACCUGGAUGUUGGAGGUUACUUCUUCAGCACAAGAAAUAGCUUUGGGAAUUGAUUUUGCUGAUAUUUUCAAGACUUCAGAUCUGUACAGAAGGAACAGAGAGCUUAUAGAUGACCUUAGCGUUCCUACUCCCGGCUCAAAGGAUCUCCAUUUCUCAACUCAAUAUGCGACAACAUUUCUCACACAAUGCAUUGCUUGUUUAUGGAAACAACGGUGGUCUUAUUGGCGAAACGCACCUUACACUUGUGUGAGAUUCUUUUUCACAUUGUUUGUGGCAUUGAUGUUUGGGACAUUGUUUUGGGACUUAGGUGGUAAAAGGAGUACUCAAAAAGACCUCCUCAACGCAAUGGGAUCAAUGUAUGCUGCUGUCUUUUUCAUCGGAGUCCAUAACGGUUCAUCUGUGAGAAAAGUUGUUGCAAUAGAAAGAACAGUCUAUUAUAGAGAAAAGGCUGCAGGGAUGUAUUCAGCUUUUCCCUAUGUGUUUGCACAGGUGAUGAUUGAGAUUCCAUACAUCUUUUCUCAAGCUAUGGUUUAUACCAUCAUUGUUUAUGCAAUGAUUGGCUUUGAGUGGACUCUUGUCAAAUUCUUAUGGUAUCUAUUCUUUACCACAUUUGCAAUGUUUUACUUCACAUUCUAUGGAAUGAUGGUUGUGGCCGCAACACCAAACCUUGAUGUCGCCACCACUGUUUCGUCCGCCUUCUAUGGACUGUGGAACCUCUUCUCUGGCUUUAUCAUCCCAUACUCCAGGAUACCAGUAUGGUGGAAAUGGUACUAUUGGACAUGUCCUGUAGCAUGGACUAUGUAUGGCAUGGUGGUAUCGCAAUAUGGAGACGUAAUGGACAGGCUUGAUGGCACAGAGGAGACUCUCAAAGAAUUCAUGGAAAGAUUUUUCGGCUAUAAACAUGACUUCCUUGGAGUAGUUGCCUUAGUUAAUGUCGUCUUUGCAGUGAUUUUUCCUCUUAUUUUCGCGUUGCAGAUGAAGACAUUUAAUUUUCAACAGCGAUAGUGUAGAAAAAUUGUGGUGACACUCAAGAGACAAGAAAUUAUGAUACAGGAAAAUAUAAGUGAUCUUGCAGGAACCUUUCAAUCUAACAACUAUUUAAAUUGCGACGAACUUUGUCAUUCUCUACUAAUAAGGUCAGGGAAGUCAAUUCUUUAAAUAUUUAAUUGUAAUUACCUGUAAUUAAUUAAAUAUUUAAUUGUUAAUGAGGUUGGCUAAGAAAGAGUGAUUUUAGCUAAA